ACAUCAUCUUCACACACUCAAACCAAACCAACCAACAAAGAAACCAAACUCAAUAAAAAUGGAGACCAUCAAGAACGCCGCAAACUACGUCACUGAGACCGUCCAGGGCAAGGGUGCCGAGGCUUCCAAGGAGGCCAACAAGACUGUCGCCAAGGACAGCGACGCAUCCCUCUCCAGCCGUGCCACCGCCGCUAAGGAUGCCGUCAGCGACAAGGUCAACGAGACCAGCCACAACGCCCAGGCUGAUGUCCACAAGGAGGCCGCUAAGCACUGAACUACUCGAGUCCUAAUUGCUCUCCAGUCACGAAAUGGGCGGGUGGCAUUUCCGGAAUUGGAGGACUUAAAUGGCGCCUGUAUGAUUAGCUAGGAUUGAAAUC